AUGUCUGAAUCCGAAAAUAUUGAAUCGAAGGAUGUGGAGAAUCCAAUCAAACUGUCUCCGUUCCUCGUGACAAUCACCAAGAUUGCCAUGGAAGAGGGAGACUAUAUCAGUCAUCAAACAUUGACUGAACUGGAAGAAAUGGUAACACCCGACAAAAUUCCACAAAAGAGGGGCCAUGUUGUCGUUCGAUUGGGAUUUGAAAUCACUAAUGAUCAACUGGAUACAGUCAAAAAAGUUAUCAGUGUAGUCAAAGAUUGUCUCGAAAUCGGAGGAUUCAUAUCCGAAAAGCUUGGAAAAUUCCUCGGACCAAUUGGAGCAGUGGCAGGACUUGUUAGUGAUCUCAUUGAUCUGUUUGAACCAGAAAAAGAGGAUCCAGUGAUGAAAGAAUUGGGAGAGUUGAAGAAACAACUCACAGCGUUGUCUCAAAAAAUGACAGCCCACUUCGAUGAUCUGAAAUCUUUUAUUGUGGAACAAAACUUCUAUGAUAAAUAUACCACGUCGCUCACUAAACUUUACAUGUAUAUGCUGGACACAUUGACUCAUCGGACCAAGGAAUCUGUGAAGACUUUCGAAGAGAUUUAUAGAAAGAACAAACCACAAGAACUUGUUUACGAGAUGUUGGCAAAGCUGGAACAAGACUCCACAAAUCCAUUGAGAUGGGCGAUGAAAGGUGACCAUCUUCAAAGCAAGGCAACAUUCCAGAAAUGGAAAAAUAUACUGGAGGGAGCAAUUUCUGAAGCGUUGUUCCUUGAAACAUAUGCAUCAGGUCUUCUGCCUGAUGUUGGUAAACAUGGAAUCAAUAUGAUUUUGGAGAAGAUUGGAAGAUUCCAAGAAAUUGUCAAGAAGUGGGAUGAUUAUUAUUUGAAUACUGAUGAUUUCUGGCCAAAAGGAGUUCAAAAACUGGUCGACGAAGUUCAUGAAAACAAAUCACUGAGUUCGAAAAACGACAAAAUUGAUGAAAUUUGGAAAGGAAUCCUGUCGAUUCAUACGAAUUUCAAGUUCUACGUGGUUGUCGUGUCAACUGACCAUAUAGUGAGAUACUAUAAACAUUACGAAGAUCAAGCAAUCACGUCUUCUCGUGAAGGAUUUCAUAUAAUGGUCUACCGGUCUGCCAGGAAACAAGCUCGGGAUAAACGUUGGCUGGAUCAAUAUAUGUUCGAAAACAUGGAAGAAUCCAGAUCGGAAACUUUCCAAUUUGAUCAUUGGCAGAUAGUGAGAAACCAUUUGAGUCAAGAUAACAUCGAUAGAAUCGGAAAAUAUCUCGGAACAUUUUAUUUCGUUGUCGGUCAAAGUUCCAAUCAUAUCGCUAGCAAAUUUUCAAUUAUGGAUGGAAGUGAUGGACCAGGAUGCUUCACUUUCAGUGCAACCCUCGAAUGCUCUGACGGGUUCUCCAGCACAACAGCUUCAUUGUUCAAACUUUAUGGAAAUUAA